UAUACGUACCUGUGCUGUCUCCACAAACGUCCCCAUUGUCACCCCGACACCAAUCCCCUCGACGGCGUUCAUAAACACCCCCGUAAGUGGUACUUGCCCUCCGAAUGGCCCGCCGUCGACUUCACCCACCUUCACCGCCUCCAUUAUCCCUACCACAGACCCCGCAACAACGACAAAUUCCACCUCUCCAACCCCAACACUCAGUACACCCAGCCACCCACUAUCCUCAUCGCCACUGCCCCCACUAUCAGCUGUGUGCUCUUGUCCCUAACCUGUCCUCAUUACGAUUGUGCUUUGACCUUACGCGUCGGCCUAGUUGGUCACUUACAAAUCCGCCACACCGAGGCCAUUGAACCAGUACCAGAAGCCCUGACAUACGCUCGCCGCACCUGCCUCAACUGUCCACACUAA